AUGCGUCAAAAUACAAUGAAGAGAAAAUCUCUUGCAACGGACCGCGAUGAUGGAAAGAAGGAAACAAAGAAAGCAAGAGCUAGUUAUCAAGGUAAAUCCUCAAAAAGAAUCAGCUGCGGUAUAUGCUUUGAUUCUGUAACAGUCUCUAACAUGUUCAAUAUCACUUCAUGCAAUCAUCCCUUUUGUACUAAAUGCAUAUCCAAGUAUGUCAAACUUCGAAUAAACCAAAAUGCGGUGAAAGUGAGUUGUCCAAAUCCAGAAUGUUCUGUGGAACUGAAACCACAGCAUUUCCAAUCCGUUUUACCUAAACAAGUCGUUAUUGAGUGGGAAUCUGCGAUCUACGAGUCUUCGAUUUCUUUGGAGCAAAAAAUUUACUGUCCUUAUAAGAAUUGUUCUGUUAUGUUGGUGAAUGACGGGGUAGAAUUUGUUACAAGUUGUGAAUGUCCUUCUUGUCAUAGGCUGUUCUGUGCACAAUGUAAGGUUCCAUGGCAUGCUGACAUGAGUUGCCGGAGAUUUCAGAAGUCGUCAGAGGGUGAAGACGAAAAGGAAUUGGAUGAAAAAUUUAUGGAAUUGGCUAAAAGAAAAAAGUGGCAGAAAUGUCCUAAAUGUUGUAUGCAUGUUCAGAUAAAUGGUGGAUGUGAACACAUUUCGUGCAGGUGUGGAUGUAACUUCUGCUACAACUGUGGGAAGGAUUGGGAGCAUGGACAUAAAUGUAAUAGAUCAUAA